AUGAAGGUGGCUCAUCGGAUCAUUGCUUUGCUAGUCAUCCCUAGAGAAAAGCGAAGCACCAUUAGGGCACUUGAGCUAAAAAUCCUCUAUGUUAUGGCUCACCCGGAUGAGAGCCUCAUACCUCAUUAUAGGUCAUUUCUUUGUAACAAACUCAUCCAUCUCAGCACAUCCCGGUUGGGAAAACACUAUUGUGGUGGCAUUGUCAGCAUGUUUGAAAAAAGUGCUCCGGUCCGGGCCCCAUAUCCCGAAAACAACCAGCCACUCCCCACCAUCAUUGGACCGUGGGCCAAAAAUCACAACCCAAAGCUCCUGAUCACACCCGAGAACAAAAACAUUAUUUCCCUCAACCAUCCCACCAAUUUUACUAAUCAUCAAAUCACCCCGUACCUUUUACCCACCUCCUAUUCCAGUGAUCGAGAUGAGGAAGACGAAGAAAGUGAGGAGGAUGGCGGUGAUGAUGGUGGAGAGGAGGAACCACAAAAUAUUCCUCCCACGGGUGGUGCCAGCUCAUCCCGUGGUGCUACAAAAUCAUCAUACCACCAACAAUACAUGGAUUAA